CGAUCAAAUAAACUUGCCAUGAAGCGUGGUGCUCAGGGUCCGUGAUCAAUGAAAAAAAAAAUGUCUUACAGAUUUGGUUUAUUGGGACAAAGUGAACCAAAGGUUGUCAAGAUUGGCAACCAGAAAUUCCCUUGGCGUUCGAGUGACCCCAGUUUGUGUUCCCCAAACCAGGGUCUUUGAAAAUUCAGCUGUGCCGACAGAUAAUGGCGCAUGUACCUUCAUAGCGUCGUCGUUACUGAUUCCAAAGAUUUCUCCGAAUGAAGACCUGGCUUGUCGUCCAAUUCCUUGAUCAAUGUACGAUAAGAUGUUUGAAGCCACCAUGUCCAACAUGUUGUGCAUGAAGGAAAACGAAGAUGGUGAAGGCGACGAUGGCGACAUGGAAGCUCCGCGGGCUUCUUGGAAGAGAAAGCACGUGGCAAAAAUCGCCAUCAAGAAAAGGCUGAAGACGAAAACCCUCAUGGUGUUGGUGUGGCCUCUCUGUGUGAUGGUCAAUUGGGGACUGAAAGGGUGUUGGAAUGGUGAGCUCUCCCUGAUUUCGGCAGGACAAGAUGACCCAUUGCAAUGUCCACAGGUGGGGCGAGGGUGGUUUGACCACGAAAACAGCUCAACCGACGACAAAAGGGAUGGUUGUUUUUCAAGGAGCCACGGCGGGCCUUAAGAUAAUUGGUCAUUGCUUCUCGUUUAAGCCCGGGCACAGAAAUUGCUUCGCUUACCUCACAGAUAAUCACACAAGCGUGAUUGGAAUGAGGGAACUCUUCAGGGAAAAGGAACCUCAAAUUACGGUGAGACCUCUCGACAGCCAUGACUUAAUUAAGGGACCAGUUGCACAGGAGACAUUUGAAAAGGCAUUGCUGGCAUUUCCCGCCAUGUCUAACUUUUGUGGCUUCAAAUAUCCAAUUGAGUCGGUCUUGAAACUAUGGGGCGAUACUUGGACCACAAUUUUGGACGCAUCGGCCUUGGUAUCGACUUGCGAGUUAAACCUCUCUCAACUGAAACCCGACUUUGUGGUGCUAUCUUUCUACAAAAUAUUCGGAUAUCCUACUGGACUUGGUGCUCUUCUAGUCAAAUCAGAUGUAAUGGAUGCAUUGCAUAAGACCUAUUUCGGUGGAGGUACCGUCGAAAUGCACUUCACAAGAUCAAGCAUUCAUGUCCCGCGUCGUUCUUGGGUGGAUUAUUUUGAGGAUGGAACCCUGCCCUAUCAUCAAAUAAUGGCGCUUCGGCAUGGCUUUUCUGCACUCAAGAGGCAUGUCCCUGGAGGCAUCAAAGCCGUGGAGAGCCAUACAUUUGGUUUAGCUCAAUAUCUCUAUCAAGGAUUGGCUCGAAUCCUUCAUGAGAAUGGAAACCCAGUGGUGGAAAUCUACCAUUCAUCCAAUUUUAUAAGUGUGAAAGAGCAAGGUGGAAUUGUGAACUUCAAUCUGCUUCAGUGUGAUGGAAAGUAUUUUGGGUUCAAUGUUUUUCACAGAUUGGCUAAGCUUGAGCAAGUGCUCGUAAGAGUGGGUUGUUUUUGUAAUGUGGGAGCUUGCCAGAAAUAUCUACAAUUUUCGGACCAAACUAUGAUGGCCAAUUACCAAAAAGGACAUGUGUGUGGUGAUGACAUUGAUUUGGUGAACGGCCAUCCCACUGGAUCAAUCCGGAUAUCGUUUGGCUAUUAUUCAACGACCAACGAUGUGGAUAUUGUGAUUGAUUUGGUACGCAAUCACUUCGUUCAAGAAGAUACUUUGAAGACCCAUUAUUUGAGUACUCAAAAGGCGGUGAUCGAGGCCAUCUAUAUUUACCCAAUUAAAUCGUGUGCACCAAUAAAGGUCAACAGUUGGCGGCUCUCACCUUCUGGUUUAGAAUAUGAUCGUCAUUGGUCCAUAAUGCAAAACGGGAAGUGCCUCAAUCAAAAGAAAAUAAAGAAACUGUGCCUACUUCAACCGGAUCUAAACUUAGUGGAAGGCACUUUGAUUUUGAAUUUUCCUGGAAUGACCCCUCACAUCCUACCCAUUCAGGCAAAAAACGACAGGAGUGAACAGUACGAAGUGUGUCUUGGAAGUGUCUGUGGGGAGACCAUGGAUGGUUUAGAUUGCGGACAAGAUGCCUCGGAAUGGCUGUGCAAAGCGUUUGGAGAAUCCAAUUUAAAGCUUGUGCAACAGCUUGGCCGAUCAUCGGUAAGUUUCAACUCCAUGUCCUUGGCCAAUGAGGCCCCUUACUUAGUGGUGAACAAGUCAAGUGUUGAUCUGUUGUGGAAGAAACUAGUCGAAGACGACCAUCUCAAGACCCAUGACAUGACACUGGAAAUUCUUCAAGAGCAAUUUCGAGCCAAUCUAAUCAUUUCUGGCGACACCGCAUUUCAAGAAGAUCAGUGGGAGAGUAUAAUUGGCCGAGGGUUUAGCCUUGCUUUCCACAAGAAGUGCUUAAGGUGUUCAAUGAUAUCCAUUGAUCAGAGAUCCGGACUAGAGCUAACCGGAGUUAUUAAAACGCUCACGAGAAUGACCAAGAGAGGCUUUUGUUUCGGUACUUUGUUUAAAAAUAGUCCUGAAACGUCCAAUGCUAUUAUCAUUGUUGGCACAAACGUGCAAAUACAAAUGAAACAAAACAAUUAGUGCUAUUAAUGAUUAUGCAAAAAUAUAUUUUCAUCAUGGUA